CCCAAUUAGCCUCCCUCCCUUGCUUUACAGUGCAACACUUCAGAAGAGCCGGAGAAGCUUUGGGAAGCAGGCGGUUCGGCGCGGGAUUGUUUCCCCGGUUGGCGAAAAGAAUUAAAGCAAAAAGAUGAAUGUUGGGGUUGCUCACAGUGAAGUCAAUCCCAACACGAGGGUCAUGAGCAGUCGAGGAAUGUGGCUCACUUACACCCUUGGAGUUGGUUUGCUUCAUAUUGUCUUGCUCAGCAUUCCUUUCUUCAGUGUUCCAGUGGCUUGGACCUUAACCAAUAUUAUUCAUAAUUUGGGAAUGUAUGUAUUUUUGCAUGCAGUAAAAGGAACACCUUUUGAAACGCCUGACCAAGGUAAAGCAAGAUUGCUGACACACUGGGAGCAGCUGGAUUAUGGUGUACAGUUUACAUCUUCACGAAAAUUCUUCACAAUCUCACCGAUAAUUUUGUAUUUCUUGGCAAGCUUUUACACCAAAUACGACCCAACACAUUUCAUUCUGAACACCACUUCUCUUUUAAGUGUGCUUAUUCCCAAACUGCCACAGCUGCAUGGAGUUAGGAUCUUUGGAAUCAACAAAUAUUAAACAGGAGAUCGGCAGUGUGAGCAUUCUGAUCAAAAUAUGGCCUGGUUUGAUCCUUGUCCUUGACAGAAGGAACAGCCUAUACUAUGUAUUAUUAGAUAAGUUUCACAUCUCUUUGAAGACUCUAGUGCAAAGAUGCUGAUGCUGUUCUUUACAGGAGAAUCAGAGACCAUCAGAAGAUAUACUGAUCUUGAAGACACAUCUUUGGAGCACAGUUUUUUUGUAAAUAGCUAGGCAGGCCUAGCUCUCGUAAGAUAACAGUGUUAACUGGAAGUAGGCUGAAGUAACAAGAGAAGUGAAAAGGGAUGCAAAACAUUGUAAUUGACUCAUAGUUGUAAUAUUUUACAAGUAAGUCAGCAACAGUAAGGAAGGAAUAGAGGGGAGGAAAUAGUGUAAUUCUUUGUUUUACAGACUUCAAUCAGUUAUCAUUUGGGGUCAUUUGUUUGGCUAAUUUUAGGGCAGGAUUUUCUACCCAGCUUGAGGUGUUAUAAAGUUAAUGAGUUGCUGUGAUUUUCAUGCCUUAUCUAUUCGUGAGUCUUUUAAUCAGAGUGACUUUUCCAGUGUGAGACUUUUGAACUCUGGGGAAUGACAUGUCAACCUUUCGUUAUAUACACUUAAACUGAUUGGCAUCAUAUUACUUGUUUUCCAGAAGUAGGUGGUUAUUCUAAGUUAUCUGAAAAAAACUUUCCUCAUAAACAAAAGAAAAUUCCUAGUGUCAGAAGCUAGCAGAAGCUACUAAAUAAACUGGAAUCUCUGACCUAUUAGUUCAGAAUGAGAGCUGUAAUCUGUUAGGAAAAUUCUAGGAAAGGUAUUCAUUUUGAAUAGAAACUUUAUGUGACAAGAAUUUCAAACAUCAACCAGAGCAUAACUUGUUCUCAUUGUGGAGCAGAUUUGAAGAAGAUUUCGAAGAAGUGCUUUGGGCCUCAUAGAAAUGCAGCACUUCACUCUUCAUUAUAGCAACCUGAAUAUUC